GGAAAAUUAGUAGUGGUAAGACACAUUCGUCAAAAUUACAAUCCCGCCCACCCUACAACACCCCUACUACUCCGAUCCCUACUCUGCCCACAGUAUAUAAAAUUUCUCACCAAAACCUCCCUCGUAGAACUUCCUCGUACCACCCUCUCUCUCUCUCUCUCUCUCUCUCUCUCCCGUAAUCUCAUCCCAACUCUCUUUCUCUCUCUCUCUGCAAUCGAUUUGCUUCGGACGCCAUUGCUCUGGUUUCACGACCUCUAGAUACAGCUCUCGUGCUUUUAUUGGCAGGUCUACUGAUGUAGAUUUCGCUGUGAUCGUGGUUGAUGAUGCUUUCAUGGUUAUUUUGGUCGGUUGUCCGUGCUGAUCUUUAAACCUGACGGAGGGUUUUGAAAUUAGGGCUUGUGUGGGGUCUUUGGAUGAGAUGAAGGAGGGAUCGAGAUCCAGUGUUAUGGCCGCGAAAUCAGAUAAUGGUCAAGUGCUAGAGAAAGAUACGGUCGAUUCAUAUCUAAACAAGGCUGAUGGAAUCAUAAACGAUUGUGGCAACGACAAGAAAGGACCAGAUUUAGUUUCAAUUGAACUGGAUUGCGUUAAAGAAAUCAUGGGUGAGUCUGAACAUGUGGAGUGUGGAGAAGAUGUUGAUGUCGAUGUCGAUGCUGAUACUAAUGCCGAUACAGCUAAGCCUAAAAUUGGGAGAGGGCGACGAGGGAGGAAAAGGAGGAGGGUGGAGAGCUCUGAUAAGCUGGAAGAUGAAGUUCAUUUGGGUAUAGAGAAGGGUGAUGAAACCAACAACACUGAUGGUAACGACAAGGGCGGGCAGGUUCCACUGGAGUGUGUUGAAGAGAGAAAAAUGGAAGGGAAGAGAAAUGGGUCUGAGGACUUUGAACACAUUGAAUGCAAUAAAGAAGCUGAUGUUAAUGGCAUUGGUGACUACCAUACAGGUAUGUCUAAAACUGGGAGAGGGCGAAGGGGGAGGAAAAGAAAAAUGGCAGAUAGUUCUGGGGGCAAUGUGGAUAAUGGUGCACAGAAAAAGAAGGUUAAGGAGGCCCCUUUUGAUGGUAAGGCUGAGGUUGGCUGUAGAAUUUUGAGGUCAAUGACAGUGGUGAUAAGUGGUGGUGAGAAAAUGGUUGAUGGUGGACUGGCUGAAGGUGUUGUUGGAGGUAAAGUGAAGAAGGAAAGUGAUUCUUCAAGCAAGGAAAUCGUGGAAAUGGAAAAAGACUUGGUUGUCAGGCGAGGUCGAGGGAGACCCCCCAAGGCGCAGGGGAAAAGUGGGUCAUUGAAGGUGAUUGGUUGUGAGAAACAUAAAGAAAUGGGGUCCAGGAAACCGAAGUCCAAUUUAAAACGACAUCGAGGGAGACCCCCCAAGGUGCAGGGGAAAAGUGGGCUGUUAAAGGUGAUUGGCUGUGUGAAACGGAAGGAAAUAGAGUCCAGGGACAAUGAUGAUCAACCGAAGUCCACAGAAUUUACUGAUGAUGGAAAGCACCACGGGCUAGCUGAUGAUUCACACCAUGCAGGCCAGAAAAUCAUUGUAAAUCAGUCAAAAAUGAAUAAGCACAAGGAAGGGGGAGAACUGGGGAUGGGCAGACGUGCAGAAACAAAGUUAUUGAGAGAGCGAAUAAUUGUUUUGCUUAAGAGUGCUGGCUGGACAAUUGAAUAUAGGCCCAGGCUUGGCAGAGAGUACAACGAUGCUGUAUAUGUCAGUCCCCAAGGAAAGGGUUACUGGUCAGUCACCUUGGCUUACAGAAUUCAUAAACAACAAGUUGAAGAUGGUGAUGCUGAUAGUAGCACCAUUUCUUCAUUUACUCCAAUACCAGAUGAGGAAUUCAGCAAAUUAUUCAGGGUAAGGAAGGUUAAAAGGGAAUCGAAGGGACAAACAGAGGGUGCAAAUAAGACAAAUAAAGGAGUCACUCAAAAGAAGUCUUUUAAAAAGAAGCAUGCUACAGGGAAAAUAGGUCGCUCAAAGCACGGGCACAAAGAAAAAUUGGGCUUAGCCAUAAUUUCCGGUGCUAAGUCCUUGAAAAGAAGAAGAAAACAUGGAUCAAAUCGGGAGGAUAGACAAAAUAGAAAGAGAUUGAAGGGGUUGGAUCCUGACAGUGAAGGCUUUGUCCUAUAUGACGGGAAACGCAGUCUUCUCUCUUGGAUGAUUGACUUGGGAACUGUUCAACUUAAUGGGAAGGUUCAAUGUAUGAAUCGUGGAGGCCGGAUAACCAGAGAUGGCAUUCGUUGUGACUGCUGCAAUGAAACCCUUUCUGUUUCAGAUUUUAAGGCUCAUGAUGGAAGUAAUGACAGCCAGCCAUUGCAAAGUAUAUAUUUAGUGUCUGGAAGUUCACUUUUGCAAUGUCUACUAGACACGUGGAAUAAACAUGAGAAGUCUGAAUGCAUUGGAUUCCAUUCUGUUGAUGUUGAUGGCGAUGAUCCAAAUGAUGAUACAUGCAACAAGUGCGGGGAUGGUGGGGACCUAAUCUGUUGUGAUGGUUGUCCAUCAACCUUCCAUCAAAUUUGCUUAAAUAUCCAAAUGUUCCCUUCUGGUGACUGGCACUGUGUGUAUUGUUCUUGCAAAUUUUGUGGGAUGGUUGGUGGGAAUACAUGUCAAACAGAUCAGAAUUGUGAUAUACCUGACUCUGCAUUACUUGCAUGCCGUUUGUGUGAGCAAAAAUAUCAUCAACUCUGCAUUCUGAGGAAGGAUGCUGUACAUGUUGAUUCCAGUUGUACAUCCUUCUGUGGGAAGAAAUGUCAAGAGGUCUUUGAGCGACUACAGGUGCUUCUUGGGGUUAAACAUCAGAUGGAAGAAGGAUUUUCAUGGACUUUUAUUCAACGUUCUGAUGUUAGUGAAGAUUCUCUCAGUAGUGUUCCUGAAAAAGUUGAAUGCAACUCCAAGUUGGCUGUUGCAUUGUCUAUUAUGGAUGAGUGUUUCUUGCCAAUUGUUGACCAGAGAAGUGGGAUCAAUAUGAUUCGGAAUGUUGUCUAUAGCUGUGGGGCAAAUUUUAGUCGGCUGAACUACAGUGGGUUCUUCACUGCUAUUCUAGAGAGGGGUGAUGAAAUUAUCUCGGUGGCAUCCAUAAGGAUACAUGGGAAUCAUUUAGCGGAGAUGCCAUUCAUUGGGACUCGCCAUAUUUAUAGGCGUCAAGGAAUGUGUCGUCGGCUUCUCAAUGCAAUUGAAUCGGCUCUCUGCUCUCUUAAUGUUGAGAAACUAGUUAUACCUGCCAUCUCUGAACUUCGGCAAACAUGGACUUCUGUUUUUGGUUUCAUUCCCGUUGAAGAAUCAAACAAGAAAGAAAUGAAAUAUAUGAAUAUGAUAGUGUUCCCUGGUGUGGAUAUGUUACAGAAACCUUUGUUAAAGCAGCAGUUUGUUGGAGAGAAUCUUAUUUCCCCUGCAGCUGCAAAAUCCGCUGAACCCAGAACCGAGCAUCAGGCUACACCUGAGGGGUCAGGUGAUUCUGAUGCAGUGUCUGACUCCAAUAUUUUGCAUGAGGUUAGCUCAGAUCAUGCACAUGGAAUAAGUACUAUAAUUGCUCCUGGUGAAUCUGGUUUGCAGCUUCCUGAUGUUCACUUGAAUGAUGCAUCUGAUAUAACAAGUGGGAGGGUGGAUUUUCAAGAAUCUGUUACCUUCAACAAUUGUCAUGUUCAUUCACAUCAAGAUUGGGAAAACAAAGAAAUUAAGGAUUACAAGGCUUCUGGCAGGGAUGCUCUCAAACUUAAUGGACAGCAUAUUAUGGAGGAGAUUAAUAGACAAGAAAAUGUUCAUUCAGGCUUUACUUAUGUGCCCCCUAAUGAGUACUCCAAGUUGAAUCAGCUCAGUACUUCAAGGGUGGAACACAAAUCAUCUUCUGUUUCCCAGAUAGCAUCUGAUGCAUCAAAUUGUGAGAAAAAAACUCUUAAUGCAUCAGAUGGUGAAGGUACAGAAGGUGCCGAUUGUGAGCUAAAUGGACGAGUGAAUGCUGUUAUUGAGGGCUCUGUACACCUUUCUGCUGAAGUUAUGACUCAACCUCAGAAUGAAGAUCUUGUACCUGGAUCUGAAAUUUCCAGUAAGAUUUUUGUUAGUCAGGAUUCAGUGGCUACAAAUCUUAUGCCUCCCGAUGUACAAUGUGAAACACAACUAAAUUUCAAGUCCCAUGAUGUAAUGGUUAAUCCUGCUUCACCAUCUCAUUCAGGAGCACAAGACAUUGAAAAUGAUUGUGAUGCAUCAUCUCCUGAUGAUAGUAACCUUUGUUCUUGUCCGAGGGAGGUUGCUGGAAGUCAUGAACCAGAAGAAAUCGUUUCAGUUCACAACAAUUGCCUUCCUCUUGGUGGGGCUUUCGAUGAUGCUUCUAAACCUAAUUCUCAGACUUAUGUUAGUAAUGGACUUUGCCUGUCCUCUGUUUGCCGAUCAGGAGUUGAUAUCCAUGAUCUGAGAGAAGAAUUUGCUGCUUCUCAUACUGAUUCACAUUCUCUUGACAUCGAUUCUCUUCCCAACAGGCCUCAGAUGAGCGUCAAGGAAUCUGAGUCUGGUUCUCAGGUUGAUCACACAAGUAUCUCAUUGUAUCAUUCUGAGCCCCUGUGCAACUCAAGCUCAAGUCCUGAUCUAACUUGCCUCUGUACCUCUGACAGUUGUAAUGCAUCUGGUAUUCCUGAGGUAGAGUCAUGUAGAUUGUUGAGGAAUGGUAACCCAUGCUAAAUUUAUACUAGCUUGAUGCAUGGAACCCCAGGGUUGAAAAGCAUGUUUGCUUGUUGCUGUUUGGAGGCCAUAAUCAGUGGAGAAUCUGUUUUUUUUUUCGGAGAUAGAAACUUUGUAAAUAAUUAUUUUGUUGAGUAUUUUGUAGUGCAGUUCACUGAAGAAUAGCAAGAAAAGAUGGAUACAUUAUGUUUCUAUGAUCUAUGUAAAAGAUUGUUGUGUCUUUUUGUGACAAAUGUGAAUAUUUAAACCUGAAAGGCUAAAAAGGGAAUUUCUUUUCGAGGUGUGUUUUACAUUCUUCUCUCAUCACCUUAAUGGUCUUCAGUAGCAGUUUUAACAUAUUUUGAUGUUGCCA